GCUGAAGAUGAUAAACGUAGACGAAACACAGCGGCAUCUGCUCGUUUCCGUUUAAAAAAGAAAAUGCGUGAACAAGCUUUAGAGAAACAGUCUAAAGAAAUGGCAGCUCAUGUGGAAAAAUUAGAAUCAAAAGUAAAGGAGUUGGAGAUGGAAGCUAAAUGGCUUCGUGCACUUGUCGUU